UAGGGUUUUUUCCCCGAAGCUCCGAGCUAUGGCGGGUAUGCUUCCCAGCCCGCUGAAGUUCGCGCCCUCGGAGGAGGCCAGCGUCGCCGCAUUCGAUCCCGCCGAUCUGGAGGAUCCAUCCGUGAGCCUGGGCAGCUUCUCCAGGGAUUUGGGGGCGGCGGGCAAUCACCAGCAGCAGCAUCACCAGCAUCAUCCGGCAGCGAUGGAGGAGGGGCUCGGCGGCGACGAGAUCGACAAGACGGAGAGCGUAGGCAGCAAGAAGAAGCGGGCGGAGAUGUGGCAGGACUCGGAGAUGGACGCCCUGGUAAGCGCUUACAAGCAAGUCCACAUGAAGCUCCUCCUGGCCGGGAAGAAUGGCAAGCACGUCUUCAAAUCCGCCAACGAGAAGUGGACCGAGGUGAGGAAUUUGCUGCUGCCGAUGGGCGUGGAUCGGCAGCCCAAGGAGAUCGAGCGAAAGUGGUCGAAUCUCUUGACGGCCUACAAGCAAAUCGUGGAGUGGAACAAGAAGAUCGGGCAUCCCAGCUACUGGGAGCUGGACGAUGUUCUUAAGAAGGAGAAGACCAAGGCCAAGGAGCUCCCGGCGACGUUUAGAGUCCAGUUGUUUGAGAGCAUGGCGGAGUUUCUCGGGGAUAGGAAUGGAAGGAGGGCGCGGUGCUUGGAUCCAAAUGGAGCUCCCGGGAAUGGCAACUCCACCAUGGCUGGGAACUCCACGGUUGCUGGGAACUCUAGCAGCAGUUCCUUGUCUCGGUUUGAGAUGGCUCUAAGUCAUGUCGAUGUUCCAAUCUGCUUGGACAAGCUCGGGAGCCAGCUGAUACGAAACUUGGAUGGCUCUUUGCGGAGACCGGGUGUGAUUCUCGUUGCCACCGGAAGCUUCAAUCCUCCGACGAUCAUGCAUCUUCGAAUGUUUGAGCUCGCCAGGAACCGUUUGAUGUCGGAGGGAUAUAGCGUACUCGGCGGUUAUAUGUCUCCUGUUCACGACGGAUAUGCAAAGCCUGGGCUGGCUCUAGCUGAGCAUAGAAUACAAAUGUGUCAAAUCUCUACAGCAGACUCGCCAUUCAUCAUGGUUGAUAGCUGGGAGGCGAGGCAACCAACACGUCAACGAACUGUCGAUGUUCUAGCUAGAGUAGAUCACUGUAUCAAUGGCGGAAUGAUCACUGAAGGAACCGUAAGGAUAAUGCUGCUUUGCGGAGUUGAUCUCCUCGCAACUUUGGAAGACGCAAGCAUCUGGAUCCCGGAUCACGUAGAGCGAAUCUGUCGAGACUACGGGAUCGUCUGUCUCAGCAGGGACGGACAAAGCAUCGACAAAGUCGUCUUCCAAAACGAGACUUUGCACAGACACCGAAGAAACAUCCUGGCUAUGGAAGACAUGGCACAGAUCGGCGUAAGCUCCACAAUCGUCAGGCAAAGCUUCGAGAGGGCACUGUCGGUGAAGUAUCUAGUUCACGAUGGCGUGAUCGAAUACGUGAAAUCUCACAGGCUUUACAACUACAGGGAGUGAUAGCGAAGGUAUCACUCUGUGUGUCAAAGAAGGAAGAAGAAGCAUUGAUUAUGAGAGAUGGUGAUGAUCUUUCUCCUUGUAUAUAUUAAACAUGGUCUUGAGGGGCGCGGCAUUACUGGGA